GGGAAAGGGGGAACGCCACACGGACUCUGGCGAGGGAACACGUGUGCAUGCAGCAUGCACACAUUCUGGCUCCGCCUACGAGAUCCGCCGGGUGGUACCUCUGCGUUCGACAGUCAGAUACCGUCUACCACCUAUGGACAAUCACAACAUCCACAGCCAAGAGAAGAAUUUCUCUUGGGACGAAUUUCUAACCCGCACAGACCAAGAGUCUACUACUGCGGCCACCGCUGAUGGCUUGC